ACACUCAGAGAACAGCGACAUUUAUAGCAGCACAUAUCUAUAAUAUAUUACUCUCCGUUGGACAGCUUCUGAUGUGGACGUGUGGCAGAGGUUAUAAUCGUUUCUGCUACUGAAGGAAAAUCGCAAUCGACUGAUUGCUAAGAAAAAUACUGUAAUCUCUCCUCAAAAAGCUGCAUGGCAACAUUCAUGUCCAUAGCAUAUGAUUUCAUAUCAGCAAACUAUAGAUUUGGCAAGUCGAAUCAAUCCCAGAACAACAGCAAAGGACAUUAUGAAGAUGCUGGAGGAAACAGGUAGACAAGUAUCUAUAUCCACAGUAAAACAAGUCCUAUAUCGACAUAACCUGAAAGGCUGCUCAGCAAGGAAGAAGCCACUGCUCCAAAACUGCCAUAAAAAGCCAGACUACAGUUUGUAAGUGCACAUGGGGACAAAGAUCUUCUGGUGCACUUCACAAAAUAGAUGGCAUCAUUAGGAAGGAAAAUUAUGUAGAUAUAUUGAAGCAACAUUUCAAGACAUCAGCCAGGAAGUUAAAGCUCGGUCGCAAUUGGGUCUUUCAAAUGGACAAUGACCAUACCUCCAGAGUUGUGGCAAAAUGGCUUAAGGACAACAAAGUCAAGGUAUUGGAGUGGCCUUCACAAAGCCCUGACCUCAAUCCGAUAGAAAAUUUGUGGGCAGAACUGAAAAAGCGUGUGCGAGCAAGGAGGCCUACAAACCUGACUCAGUUACACCAGUUCUGUCUGGAGGAAUGGGCCAAAAUUCAAGCAACUUAUUGUGAGAAGCUUGUGGAAGGCUACCUAAAAGAGGAUGGGCGCAGUGAGCGGUGACUGGAGGAGAUGUCAUUCGGUCGACUCCUGCGGCGUGCAUCGUCCAAAGCCUCUGACCUCUUGACCUUUAACGUGGGCACAGGGGGAUCACGAGCUGUGCAGGACGGAGAGAUCAUCUUCUCUAAGAACAAUGUGUGUGUGCACCCAGCCGAGCCCCUGCCUGGUCUGCCUGAACAUCACCCAGGUUACCUGUGUGUGCACCUGGAGAAAGACGAGACUCUCGGCUCCACCCUCAUCCUCACCUGGGUGCCCAACUCCCGCAUCCAGCGCCAGGAUGAGGAAGCGCUCCGCUACAUCACGCCCGAUAGCUCGCCUGUCCGCCACAACUCCCGCCACAGAGCCCACCGUGGCCACUCUCGCCCGCCGCCCACCCCUGAGGAAGAAGAGGAUGACGAUGGGACAGAGUCAACCCAGCAGAACCAGCAGCUUUCAGAAGAAGGCGACGAAGGCUCCUGCGAGCUCUCCGCAGACGAGGUGAGCCGGGACAGCACCCUCGGCUCCGACUCGGACACCUUCUCCUCACCCUUCUGCCUGUCGCCCGUCAGCGAGGCCCUGGCCGAGAGCUGCAGCUCGGUCUUCCUGGAUAAUGAGAGCAGGGAGUGUGAUGAACCCAUGGCUCACUCUGCAAGCUCCGCCUCCAGUCUGGACAGCCACGCCCCCUUUGAAAGUAGCCAAUCAUUGGGUGUUCGGUGGGAGGAGCAGCAGAAAGUUAUGGCUUUGGAGCAUCUUUGUGGGGUUUUCAGAGUUGACCUGGGUCAUAUGAGGUCACUGCGUCUGUUCUUCAGUGAUGAGGCGUGCACGUGUGGACAGCUGGUCAUCGCCAGCAGAGAAAGUCAGUACAAGAUUCUUCACUUCCACCACGCUGGGCUGGAUAAACUGGCCGAGGUGUUUCAGCAGUGGAAAUGCUGCAGGGAGACCCAGCUCAAAGACCAGGUGUCAGAUGAGAAGUCAUGCAUGCAGUUCUCCAUCCGCAGACCCAUGUUACCUUCUGCUGAGAUGCACCCAGAGGAGCGGCUGUAUCGACGGCUGGAUGUCAGCUCUUGGCUCCGUCAUCUGAACAACAGUGGUCAGGUGGUGGAGGAGUACAAGCUCAGAAAGGCAAUUUUCUUCGGGGGUAUUGACCCGUCUAUCCGUGGUGAGGUGUGGCCCUUCCUGCUGCACUACUACAGCUAUGACUCCACCUCUGAAGAGCGUGAGGCCUGGAGACUGCAGAAGCGUGUGGAGUACCAGGAGAUCCAGCAGAGAAGGUUGUCCAUGAGUCCAGAGGAGCAUAGUGAGUUCUGGAGGAAGGUCCAGUUCACUGUGGAUAAAGACGUUGUGAGAACAGAUAGAAGCAACAUGUUCUUCAGGGGAGAGAAUAACCCUAAUGUAGAAAUCAUGAGACGAAUCCUGUUGAACUAUGCUGUGUUUAAUCCAGAGAUGGGCUACUGUCAGGGCAUGUCAGACCUGGUAGCUCCUCUACUGACAGAGAUCCAGGACGAGAGUGACACAUUCUGGUGCUUCGUGGGUCUUAUGGAGAACACCAUCUUCAUUAGUUCUCCUAGAGAUGAGGAUAUGGAGAAGCAACUGAUGUACCUGCGAGAGCUUUUGCGAUUGAUGUUGCCUCGGUUCCACCAGCAUCUGACUCGGUUGGGUGAGGAUGGACUACAGUUGCUGUUCUGCCACCGCUGGGUUCUUCUGUGUUUCAAACGUGAGUUUCCUGACACUGAAGCCCUGCGCAUGUGGGAGGCCUGCUGGGCUCACUAUCAGACAGACUACUUCCAUCUGUUCCUGUGUGUAGCCAUCAUUGUGCUUUAUGGCGAUGAUGUUACCGAACAGCAGCUCGCCACCGAUCAAAUGCUGCUGCACUUUAGUAACCUCUCCAUGCACAUGAAUGGAGAACUGGUGCUGAGGAAGGCACGUAGCCUGCUCUAUCAGUUCCGCCUUCUUCCCAGAAUUCCCUGCAGCUUACACGACCUGUGUAAACUGUGCGGGCCCGGAAUGUGGGAUAGUCGCUACAGCCCUGCUGUAGAAUGUUCCGGAGAGCAUGCCGACUCUCAGAACUGCCCCUAUGGAGGCACGCACGAAAGCCCACCCUUAUCCAGCCCCAACCAGCCCAGAGAAGGCAAGAGGGGCUCCAAGACACGAGACAUUUUCACCUUCCGGAAGCACUCCUGACUCAAACAGGACUCAGAAACUUCACUUUCAUUGUGUUCAUCAAAGAUUUAGGAAGCUGCAAUCCACAUCUGGUAUCAAACACUGCCUGGAAACCAAUGCUGACGGCCUCUUUUAGAGGUUAAAGUGAUAGUACACCCAAAAAUUUAAAUUCUGUAAUUUACUCACCCUCAUGUUGUUUAGAAAAAUGAGGGUUAGUAAAUGAUGGCAUCAUUUAAAUUUUUGGGUGAACUAUCACUUAUCUGCAUGUGUUAACGUUUGUGUGGUAUGUUACCACAGUCAAAGGAAUUUUGUGUUUUUCAGCUUAGUUUGCAUUGAUCACAUUGCUGGAUAUUUUUGUUUCUAUUGUGUGCGAUCUCUAAGCACGAAUGAAACUUGUUCAUGUUCAUUACUGGCCAAACAUUUUGGCAGGAUGCUAAUAUAUGCAGCAAUUAAUUUACUUGUUCAUCAUAUCACAGACUUACGUCAUACAUUUCUGUUUUUUGGCCAUUUAUGCUUUCAUAUCUUCACAAUAAAUAUCAUUAUAUGGACGGUGUAAGGUCUUCAAGCUCUUUU